GUAUACCUUGACCAGUUUAAUUAAUUCUACCAUUCAAUGGAAGCGAAAGUCAAAUCCUUAUUUUACUGGGCCUGUUUUGUUCUUAAUGAUGUUUUAUGUUGAUAGGGUUGUCUUCCGAAUGAGAGUAGUGCCUAGAACUUUUCCAACUAUACUAGGUUGGACUUCGCAGAAGCUUAAGGAAAGAGAAGGAUUGGAGCGGGAAUCAGGUGGUUUUGGCCGUGGUAGCAUGGACCCACAAAUCAAUAAAGAGUUGUUUUCAAAUGAAACCCCGUCUCUUGAAGAUCCUCCUGGGAAAACAUCCCAAUCACAGAACGACGUUUUAGAGGAGGCACGGACUGCUACAAAAGAGUUGGUGCAAAAAAUAUCAAAGUGGGACACCGUCUGUAGAGGCUUGAAUAGUGAGUUCCCAAAUUCAAAUGCCGUCAAGAGAAUGCAACAAACUGCUGCAGAAGUGAUUGUUGCUAUUGGUAAAAGUCCAAGAAUAUCAGGUACUCCAAUUUCGGAAAAAAAUCCGAAACUGCAAUUCGAAGUAGUCCACGAGAGCCCUUUUUUCUUGGCUGAAAUAUCUCGACUUGAAAUGGAAUUUUUCACGGUGAAGCGCAACCUUGAGACCAACAGCCAAGACUUGUCCAUGCCAUCAUUUAGCUUAGGGCUUACACCAGAGGAAAAGGAAAAUCAAAAUGAGGAGAUUCAACAUGAAGAGGUUCAGCAUGAGGAGAUUCAAACAAAGAAUGGAGAUGACACAGCCCAAACAUGCAAUCUCACUGCAUUGGCAGAUGAUGUACAGAGUCACCCCCAAAUUGAGCCUAUCCCAGCUUUUCCAGAGAGUGCAGUUCAAGGGCAACAAGAAGAAACUGUUCUUUUUCAGCCAACCCCACCAUAUACUCACUUUACAAGUCAAGAAAUUGCAUCCGGUCCUAGCCCUGUUCCUGUAUUCAUUAAAAGACGACUUCAGCCCCAAAGGAAGAAAGAAUUUGCAUGCGCCUUAUGUUCUCCUUUUUGGAUAAGAAACAUGGAAGCACUCUCACGGUUGAGCCGUGCCGAAAAGGUUCUCACGGACUACGUAUUCAACAAAUCUCUUUUACUUGGGGAAGUUUUGUACAAAGACAUGUUUUGUGAAAUGAAGCGAAGCAAUUUAAUAUCCUUUUUCGAAGGAGAAUUGGUAGAACAACAGUUUUAUAGCGGCAUUGAUAUGAGUACUGCAGAUUUGGUAUUCUUCUUGGUUGCUGAUGAAACAGACAAGGAUGAUGUUUAUAUAGUUUGUUUUAACAUGAAAAAGGAGAAGAUAACCAUCAUUGAUUCAAUUGAAGAUAAAACUAAGGUGUAUGAUACAUGUGUUGAAUGUUUGAAAAAGGGAAUGUGCCAGUAUUUCAAUGAAAAACAACUUGAGCAAAAAGCAAGUAAAAUUUCCAAAUUUCCUUUUGAAAUAACAAAGAAGGCAUGUUAUGGGAACAUGGAAGGUAAGGGUGUUGGUGUCAUAGCCAUGAGGCAAUUGGAAACUUUCAAGGGGAAUUUGAAUACGUGGAAGAUGGAUUUGAACAAAAAUGAUGUAAAUGGAUUAAGAAUGCUCUGUGUCCGAUAUUGCUACGAAAUGCUCACCUCUGAUCAUAAUCAACUUGCCGUACAAAUAGGGGAUACUGCUCAGAAAGGGGAUCCUGCUCUUGAGGAUGGAUAUUUCCUUGCACAAAUUGUUAAAGCUGCUCGGUUCAUUCAACCUGAGAAGGGCAUUGGUACAGCUGUAGAUGGAGCAGAUUCUAAGGCCAAAUGCUUGAUGGAUGCAAAUAGAAAUGUUGAUUUCCAGUGUCAUCUCAAUUCUGGUUUGGGGCUGGGUAUGGUUGCUGGGGACGAAACAAGAACAUAUGCACAUCAGGAGAUUUAUUUAGAGCUUAGAGAUAAAGCUGCACAGAAUGCAGAUCUCAAGGAGGUUUCAAGCUGCACAGAAUGUAGAUCAAGCUGCACAAUACAUGGAGCUUUCAAGGAGGUUUCAAGGAGGAAUACUGAUUUGAUUACAACGGAUGCCUCAGAGUUGAGCUCAGAUACUGCUCCUCCUAAUGGUUUGGGACUGGGUUAUGUGACUGUCAAGGAUGAUACAACUAACAAUACACAGCAGCCUCAGGGUCAAGCUGAGCAGUUCAUGGAACCUGGUUUGGGGACUUCAGCUACAAUACAGGUUGCUGCAAACUCGAGUUCUGCUACUGCUUCUCCUAAGGUAGAUCCUCCUUUGAGUUCAGCCACUGCUUCAUCUCCUGUGCAGGUAAAGAAUCAGCCCAGGCCCAAUCAUGUUUCAAUGAGGAAUUCUGGUAAGGGUACUACUGAAGAUUGCAGCGGCACCUCUGCCAACUCUGGAGAAAAUAAAGCUACUAGCCAACUUCUACUGGAGGAAGUUCCUCCAACUUUUAUUAAACUGAAUGGGGAAUUAAAGAUCAGCAGGACAAGCCCAAUGCUAUCGCAAUAUAAUGCAGUCCCAAAAUCUUCAAGCCCUUCUAAUGCUCUUGGUAAACUACCUGAUAGCUCUAGCAUUCGUAAGGAACUCAGUUUAAUAGAUUUCCCUCUUAUGGAUACUUGCAAAGAAGAUUCGAACGGUGCGGCUGAGUUUUGUGAAAAACACAGUGAUAAGAACAUUAGAGUAGAAAACCAAGAUCAAGAAGAGGCUCAUGAAGACUUUGGGGAUUUUUUGGAAGAGCAACUCACAGUCCAAGGGCGUAAAGUAGGGGACACUUCUAUUCUCGUGAACUCUGCUAAUGCAGUGCAAGAUUUACCUCAGGCAGAUGCAGCUGCUGAUACCGCGAAAGAUAUAAGUCCUUUGAGGGCUUUCUCCCCCCGGUUGGCAGAGGGAUUAAACAAUUCAGUGAACAAUGAAGACAAGGAAUCUCCUCUGCAGAAUGAAGGGUAUCCAAAUGCCAUCAAUAUGCUAUAUUGUGCGGUCAACCCUGAUGACUACCGAAAGAUCUCCUGUUGCACAACCUCCAAGGAGAUGUGGGACAAGCUUGAAGUGACGUACGAAGGUACCGAUCAAGUUCGCGAAGCCAAGAUCGACUUUCUCACCCAAGAGUACGAAAUGUUCCGAAUGAAAGUAGGUGAGAAAAUUGAUGACAUGUUCGACCGGUUCUCAAAGAUCAUCAACGACCUUCAUGCUCUCAAAAAGACUUACACCAACAAGGAUCUCGUGAGGAAAAUCCUGCGCAGUCUCACACCCGAAUGGAGGUCAAAAGCCGAUGCAAUCUAUGAAUCCAUUGGAGUCUCCAACGUUACCAUCGACGGGCUAAGAGGUAAUCUUAAAACCUAUGAAUCUACUAUUCUAACCCCGUCUUUGGAUGAACAAAAGAAAAAGGGGAUAGCUCUCAAAGCCACCAAGGAACCGGUGGAAGAGGUUUCAAGCGAUGACGACAAUGAAUUUGGGCUCGUCAUCAAGAAGUUCCACAAGUUCAUGAAGAAGGAAUUUGAGCGGAAGGGAAGGAAGCACGACGGUCCUCCCAAGUGCUAUGGCUGUGGCGAAAUUGGCCACAUCAAGCCAAGGUGUCCAAAAGCCAAACAAAGCAAGGACAAGCCCGGCUUCAAGAAGCAAAGGGCUUACAUCUCUUGGUGUGGCGAUUCCGCCGACGAAUCAACCAACCAAGAGGAGGACGAAGCUGCAAAUCUGUGCCUCAUGGAGCACGAAGAUCAAAACGACGACGUCCAAGAGGAUAGAGAGGUGGCAAACCGGAGGUGGCAGUGGGGCGUCGAGGGGCGGCGUGGGGUGCCGAGGCACCGACGGCGGUGGAGAGAGGUCAGGGAUGGCCUGCGAGAGGCGUUGACGAGAGGUGGCGCGGAUGGAGGCUACGCUGCAAGAGGCGCUGACGGCGAAGGGGUCCGGUUAGGCUCAGUUGGUGGCGCGGUUGAGGGCGACGAGAGGGGAUCUAGCGGCGAGAGGCGCGGUUGAGGGCGGCGAGUGGCGCUGCCGGAUAGGGUUUCGUUUUUGGAGUGAGUCUGCGUUACUGACCGAUGAAAGGAGAAUAAGUGUGGAAGUAAUAAUACUCUGCGACAGACAGAAUUUCCAUCGCAGGCCUAUAGCUGUUCCGCGAGAGCGAAAUGAAUUUUAAAAUUGUUU